AUGGAUUGGUUCAAAAAGACACCAACCGUGAAAGAACAACAGCGACAAAAUGAUCGUGAGCUGCGCAAGGCGAGCCGCGAUCUCGAAAGAGACAAAGCGGCUUUGGAGAGGGAGGAAAAGAAAUUGGAAAUGGAGAUUAAGAAAUGUGCAAAAGAAGGCAACAAUGACAGCUGCAAAAUAUUAGCUAAACAGUUAGUCCAACUAAGGAAACAAAAAACUAGGAUGUAUGCAGCUAACAGUAAGAUAGCCAGUGUCCAAGUUCACAAUAAAGCGAUGGGGGCGAACAUAGCUAUAGCGGGUGCAAUGGGGACUACAGCAAAGACAAUGGGCAACAUCAAUAAAGUGCUCAAUCCGCACCAGAUUGCCAAGGACAUGGAAGGUUUCAAGCAGGCCAAUGCUAAGAUGGAUAUGACCGAUGAGAUGAUUUCAGAAACGCUGGAUGACAUAAUGGACGAGUCCGAUGACGAACAGGAGUCCGAGAGAGUCAUUGGCCAAGUGCUCGACGAGAUUGGUAUCGAGGUCAGCGGCAAGAUGGCUAAUGCUCCGUCAGUGGCAGGGAAAGUUGGCGAAUCGACUAAAACGGCCGAUAGAGAAUUAAUGGAGCAACUCGCCAGACUCAAAUCGUAGGGUCAGACCACAGUUGGUUAAUUUAGGGAGGUCGCGCACUAAUUAUCCAAAUCGAAGACUCGGCUACAUAGUCCUGUCCAAUGGUGGUCUCACAACCUAUGAUCUUAUUUAAAUAAAUUAAAAAAAAAAUUGAAAAAUACAUUUAUCUAUCCAUGAAACACAAUAUCGGUACACAAG